AUGCGCAUCGACCCCGCCCGAGCAAAAGUGCUCGUCGAGAACAUCUCCCAAGUGAUCCAACGCAUCGAUGCAGUGAGAGGGAGUCGCCAAGUCCGUCUAAUCGCCGUCUCCAAACUAAAACCCGCCUCCGACAUCCUCUCCCUCCACCAACCACCACCAUCCUCUUCCACUCCCACCCUCCCCUCGCAACCCAUAACCCACUUCGGCGAAAACUACUCCCAAGAACUCCAAACCAAAGCCUCCCUCCUCCCCCGCUCAAUAAACUGGCACAUGAUCGGCGCCCUCCAAACCAACAAAUGCACCCCGCUCGCGUCCUCCGUCCCCAAUCUCUUCUGCGUCAGUUCCGUCGACACCUUCAAGAAAGCCGACGCAUUGGAAAAAGGACGAGCGACAUGCGUUGAACGGGAGAAAAUCCCACUCGGGGAUAAAGACUCGCAGGAGGGGAAAUUGCGAGUCCUCGUACAAGUCAACACCUCCGGCGAAGACUCCAAGUCCGGCGUCUCACCCGGCACGGAGGCGGUGAGUCUUUGUCGACAUGUGAGGGAGAAGUGUCCACAUCUCCACCUCGCGGGUCUGAUGACGAUCGGAGCGAUUGCGAGGUCGCAAGAGGCCGCGACGGAGGAAGGGAGGAAUGAGGAUUUCAACAAAUUGAGGGAGGUGAGGGAUGAGGUUGCGAAGGAAUUGGGUGUAAGGGAGGAGGAGUUGGAGUUGAGUAUGGGGAUGAGUGCGGAUUUUGAGGCGGCGGUGAAGCAGGGGAGUGAUGAGGUGAGGGUCGGGACGGGGAUUUUUGGGGAGAGGCCGAAGAGGAGUGAGGCUGUUAUUGAGGGGUGA